AUGUACCGGGAGUCAGUAGCCUAUGUGCUUCUGCAUGUGUGCGUUGUGGCUUGGUUUCAGUCAGGCCUAGCGUCGCGCAUCAUGCCACUCUUCGGGCGCUGCGUCGUGGAGAAGCUGCAGCCUGCGACGCUUUCUAAGGGCGGCAUUUACAUCCCAUCGAGCGCCACUCAACAGUCUGGCUGCCAGAUGGCCAAAGUUGUCGCCGUGUCGCCACCCAAGCAGUCAGGGAACAAUUCCGUGUGCGAGGACUGGGCGAAGUUGCAAGUCGGACAGACCGUGAUGGUGCCGGAGUUCGGCGGCAUGAAGAUCCAGAUGGAGGACGAAGAGGUGUUUGUAUUUAGAGGAGAAGAUAUUCUCGCGAUUGUCAAGGAUCAGUAA